AAACACAAUAAUUCGAUAAUUCGAAAAUCACACCUAAUAAUCACUAAUCACAAUUGUGACUGUAUUUUAGAAUUCAUUAUCGGGCGUAGAAAAGAAACCAGCCGAUUUGUUAUUAACAAUGAUCGGAUAGAAGGAUUGAGAGAAGUCGAGUGUCGCGUUAAUACCUUUUUUAACGCGAAAAAUGUGAAAAAGAAAAGAAAAAAAAAGCGAAACGUUGGAUGAUGUAACGGAUCUACGCGCGACAGUAUCCAUUAUCGAUUAGCAUACGUCGUCGAUUAAUCCAUCCGCAACAGUGGAUGCUGUGAAUAGGCUAGUAAACACGUGCACGUUGCUGGAGAAGGAUGAUUCUAAUUGUUCGAGGUACAGUUCGAGGCAGGCUGUCGUGACGCUUGCCUCUGGUCGUCGAUUCAAGAGCAGAACGAUAUCAAAAAAAUUUUCAAUAUAAAAAUAAAAUUCUCAAGAAAUCGGAUUACGAAUUACGUUCAUCUUUGAAAAUUCAAUCGCGCGAAAAAGUUAAACGAUCUCCUCCGGGAUCCGAAAAAUUAAGAAAAGAAACGAAGAGGAAAAAGAAACUCUUGCUCUUGGCGUAACGUAAGCAACGUAACGAGUAACACGGAAAGUGUCCGGAUCUGGGCCAGCCCGCGUCGAAACCCCACCCUGCCACCCGGUUAUAAUCCGCCUAUCUCCCGUCUCCCUCUUUGAUCCACCAACCCGUACCCCUUGGAGGGGUUCCAUCUCUCCCUCGAUCUCCCGUGUUUCGCGCCGCUAUCCGAUCCGGGCAGGAUUUGUACUAAGUACACCACGUAUCCUCCUCGAAGGUUCAGUUCGGAACGCGCACUCGAACUCGAAGGAUCCUCGAAGCCUCCUUUGAUCCCCCACUCGGGCCGACACAGGAAACGUACGUACGGAAAGAGAGAGGCUUUCCUUGCUCUCUGGCAAACGAACAAACGAACAACACCUUCCAACCUGUUGCAACCUGUUCGCUCGUCGCCGUUCGACGGGUCGCCCCGCUGGAUCGUCCCGACGGGCCGAUAUUUGCCGAUUUUUCCGAUCCAUCCAUGAGCGGCGGACUCCUCCGGCCGAGGAGUUUGGAUUACACUGCCGAGGAGGGAGGAUCCGGAGGAUAUCUUGCCACGAUAUUGAACGGAUUCGAGGUGUAAGAUUGGCGGGAUGAUAGACAGGACACGGGUCGCGGUCCUUUUCGGGCUGCUCGGUCUUGCUUGCGGCUUGCAAUGCCCGAAACAGAAGAUAUCACCAGGCAGGGAGGUGGUUUGUUACACUUCCGUUUCCGAGGUGGAACUGUUGACGGAAUCUAUUUGCAGAUGCACCACUUUGGUACAAAAAGGCCUGAACGUGCAGAAUCUCUCGGUUUCCGAAUUCGAAGACUUCCGGAAAUCAGUGAAGGAGAUUGUUCCAACUCUUCAGUUCGUGAUUUCCGUGGACGAUCCUGCGCAAACGUUGAGAACUUCCGGCAUAGUUCGCCAAGAGAUCACGGCUCGUUUGAUCGGAGUUUUGAAAGAGGUUGAUGGAGUCGAGUUGAACAUGACUGCUGGAACAAAGGAACGUUUAGUCCAUUUCGUGAAAGGUUUGAAAGACGAGUUCUUGAGGAAAUCGUACGACAAGAGAAUCUUCUUGGUCCUACCCACGAAAUCAGAGGAUCUGGCCAAACAAUACGACUUGAAAGAAUUAUCCAAGUACGUGGAUCUAUUUACGGUACCCACGCAUUACCUGGUCGAAGAUGACGAGUCUUAUCGUACGUUCCAUCCGUCGCGAUUGAUGGGCCUCUUCGACAUGUUCAACGCGGAUAGUUUGAUCGACUUGAUCAGCGGAUUGGGCGCUCCCAAGAGGAAGAUCUUGAUGUCCGUUCCGUCAAGCGCUUACAAGUUUACGCUCAAGGAUCGGGACGACAAUGCCCCGAGCGCGCCCACCGAGGAGAUGCAACCGAUUGUCAUUGAUCAGAAACAGUUAUGCGAUUUGAUGAAUAAAGGAGAAUGGACGGUGGAAAGAGACGAAGAUCUUACUGCUCCUUACUCUUUCAAAGACAAAAUGUGGAUUGCUUUUGAAGAUAGAAUAUCGGCUUCAAUUAAAGGUAAAUACGUGCUGGUUCGAGAUCUCCCUGGAUUGGGUAUAUACGAUAUAGAGAAUGAUUUCAAAACGGAAUGUGGCUCUCCUAUCACGCAUGAUAUUCAUCAUUCGUUCAUGGAUUUCAAGAGGAAGUCUAGAGCUGCUGUGUUAAAUGCUUUGGAAGACGAUUUACACCAAAGAGAACUUGAAUAUUCGACUAAAGUCAAAUCAUCCGAGUUUCGAGUUGUUCGCGUAGUAGAUACAGAAGGACAUAUCAGAGUAGUUCGAGAGAACACUCAAACCGAGUUCACUUGCUCCAGACAAGGCUAUUUCGUUCAUCCUAAAAGUUGCAACAGAUUUUAUCGAUGCGUGAAAUUCAAUCAAGAAGUGGAAGAUUACUCCGUGUUCGAGUUCGAUUGCCCAACAGGUUUAUCUUUCGACGAGAAUACAGAAGUUUGUGUUUGGCCAGGUUCUAUGCCAGAAGGAUCUCCAUGUCCUGGAAGCAGCGAAAUUGCACCUGUGACAAGAGUGAGAUUCCAUUGUUCAUCCCAAACUGGUUACUUUGCAGAUCCUCAAAAUCCUCGUUGGUUCUUUGCCUGCAUCGAUCUAGGAGGACCAGAAAUAAUGGCCUACGAAUUCCGUUGCCCGUACGGUUUGAUUUUCGACGAGCAAAAAUUAAUUUGCGAAUGGCCUUGGCUGGUAGUAACCUAUACUGCUAGUGGUUACGUAGGAUCAGAUUUUGACAGAUAUACCACAGGAUCCACUCCAGGUACUGGAGGAUACUAUACUGGAGCAUUACCUCAGGGAUAUACGGGAACACUGGGAGGAGGAGGAGGAGGAUAUGCCAGUACAACGAUUGGCACUGCGUCAGGAUCACCUGGUGGAGUUGGAUCCACUUUUGGACAAGGAAUUGGAGGAUAUACCGGCACACCGAUAACAAAAGGCUAUGGAUCGUAUGGUGAUCAAGGGCUUGGUGGAUUCUCUGGAUCAGCAGAAGUAGGAGGCCAGGGAACUUUAUUUAAUCAAGGAACUAAUGAUUACUCAGUAACAGCUGGAAUUGGAUAUACUGGUUCGACAAGAGGUCCUGGAGUUACGUAUACCGGUCAGGAAACUGGUGGUUAUUCUGGAACUGGUAGAGGAUAUCCUGGAUCAGCAGGAAUAAGUCAUGGAACGACGUAUACUGGUCAAGAAACUGAUAGUUAUUCUGGAACACCUGGUACUGGAUAUUCUGGAUCAGCAGGAAAAGAUCAUGGUACUUCGUAUAUUGAUCAAGGAUCUAUUGGAUAUUCAGGAACGACUGGAAGUGGGUAUACUGGAACAGGUAUUGAUCAUGGAUAUUCAGGAACUGGCACGAUAAACUAUGGUGAAAAGACUACAAAAACAGGAUCACCUUAUGAUCAAAGUGGUGCAGGACCAGAUCAUUAUGGACCAAGUGGAGUAUACACAGAAUCUCAUACAGGACAAGUACCUAUUGGACAUGCUAGACCAGGUCAAGUAUCUACUGGAUAUACUGGAACAGAACAAGUACCUAUUGGACAUGCUAGACCAGGUCAAGUAUCUACUGGAUAUACUGGAACAGAACAAGUACCUAUUGGACAUGCUAGACCAGGUCAAGUAUCUACUGGAUAUACUGGAACAGAACAAGUACCUAUUGGACAUGCUAAACCAGGUCAAGUAUCUACUGGAUAUACUGGAACAGAACAAGUACCUAUUGGAUCAGGUCAAGUAUCUACUGGACGUGCUAGACCAGGUCAAGUAUCUACUGGAUAUACUGGAACAGGUCAAGUACCUACUGGAUACACUGGAACAGGUCAAGUACCUACUGGAUACACUGGAACAGGUCGAGUACCUACUGGAUACACUGGAACAGGUCAAGUAUCUACUGGAUACAUUGGAACAGGACAAGUACCUAUUGGACAUGCUAGACCAGGUCAAGUAUCUACUGGAUAUACUGGAACAGAACAAGUACCUAUUGGACAUGCUAGACCAGGUCAAGUAUCUACUGGAUAUACUGGAACAGAACAAGUACCUAUUGGAUCAGGUCAAGUAUCUACUGGACGUACUAGACCAGGUCAAGUAUCUACUGGAUAUACUGGAACAGGUCAAGUACCUACUGGAUACACUGGAACAGGUCAAGUACCUACUGGAUACACUGGAACAGGUCGAGUACCUACUGGAUACACUGGAACAGAUCAAGUAUCUACUGGAUAUACUAGACCAGGUCAAGUAUCUACUGGAUAUACUAGUCCAGGUCAAGUAUCUACUGGAUAUACUAGACCAGGUGAAGUAUCUACUGGAUAUACUAGACCAGGUCAAGUAUCUACUGGAUAUACUAGACCAGGUCAAAUAUCUACUGGAUAUACUAGACCAGGUCAAGUAUCUACUGAAUAUACUAGACCAGGUCAAGUAUCUACUGGAUAUACUAGACCAGGUCAAGUAUCUACUGGAUAUACUAGACCAGGUCAAGUAUCUACUGGAUAUAGUGAAACAGGAGGCCUUGGACAUACAGAAACAAAUGGAAUAUAUAGUGGAGCAACUGGCACAAGUUAUACUGGACCAAGUAAAACUGGUACAAAUCUGGAAUAUUCAGGACAAGAUUUUAUUAGUCAUGGUACUGGAUCACAACCAAUUGAUAAAGGAUAUCCAGGAACGAUAGGAGGUCAUGGAGGAUAUACAAGUGGUACCAAUGUGCAAUUCACUGAUGGAUAUUCUGGAGGAACUCCUACCAUUGUAACAGAAGAUUACAGUGGAUCAGGAAUAAAAGAUAGUCUUUCUGGUGUAAAAUCUCCAGGAGCUACUUAUGAAUCUACGAAAUCAGGACCUUCUGCAGGAACUGGAUAUAUUUAUACUGGGCAAACAGGAACGAAGUUUCCAGGAUCUAAAACAGGAGGCCAAAGUGAACAAUCAUCGCAGACUCCAAUUUAUACUUUCAGUGGUACAACUGGAGCUGGACCUACCAAGAUUUCACAAACUCCCAUUUUUGUGGACAAGCCUAAUGUACCAACUUGUAUUACCAUCCAAUGUUCUCCUCCACUACCAAGUAGUCAAACUUAUACAACAGAUGACUAUAUUUCAAACCAUGGAAUUACUUCUGAAACAAAUGUUUAUCAAGUCACUGGUGAAUAUGGAGGUUUGAAUGGUACUUUAGGAGGUCAUGUGCCUUCUACUCCAUAUUAUGGAGAUGUAACAUCCAACGACAUUUAUAAAAUAAAACCAACCGUCGGUACUGGUGGUAUUUCCAUCCCAGGACAUGAUGUCCAGGGAUCGAUCAUCACUGGACCCUCAACUCCAGGAACACUUAACACUUAUGGAGGCAGUUCUGGCACAGUUUUCACAGGUCCUUCUGAUCAAGGUAGCAUAUUGACUGGAGUUAAUUAUCCAGGAUACACAAAAACUGGUCCAAGUACACCUGGCUAUGUGGUCAGUGAUGGAAUCAAGACUGCCUAUGGUUCUGGAACUUCUAGUCCUGGAACUGUGAUAUAUGGAAAAUCUAGUGAUGUCGUAAUAACCGGAGCACCAAAAACUGGAACUAUCAUAAAAGGUCAAACGAGUCCUGGACUAAUACUCAAAGGACAAACGGGACCUGGAAUCUCUAUUGGUGGUUCCAUCGAUCAAGGAACAAUUGGCUCCACAGGACAUCACGUGUUUACUGAUUCAGAUACAACUCCAUCAGGAAUUGUCACACCAGGAUACUCGUAUGGAACCAAAAUUGCAAGCGUGUCACCAUCACAUGGCACCGGUUAUAAGACUAACGAAUACUAUGAUAAUGAAGAUAAUACCGUCAGAUUUAAUAGUGGCGGCGUGACAAUCAAAUACAGAGAAAAAGAUUUUCCAGACUAUAGGCCAUCUGGAGAAUCUAUUCCUCCAGACACUCUUCCUGGAAGCAGAGAUCGACCUUCAUAUCCUAGUGGAUUUACUAAAACUGGACCUACUGGCUUUACUACUGCUGCUUUAGGCGCUGGUGAUAGUUACGUUAGUACUGGAAAAUCAGUUCCAACUCCUUCCAAUCUUGAACAUAUUGGCGCGAAAGCUUUCGAAGGUAAUGUAGCAGGAUACCCGAAAUCAUCCACUGAAAGCAGCGUUAGUGCAGGCUAUCCAGGAACAACUUCGACAUACAAUCAAGAUAUCGAUCAGUCUAAACCUAAUUUAGGACUUUCGAAAAGUCCUGGCUAUUCCUAUCCUACACCUGGUGUAUCAUUUGAUAGUGGAGUAACGAAAAAUCUACCAAUCUCCUCGACAAAGGGCAGUUUUGUUCCUGCAACUACUCCAACUCCUUUCUUGAAUAUGGAAUCAUAUAGUAAGCCAAGUGAACUUGCCAGUCCAACUGUAGGCACUUAUCAGAGACCAAGUGGCUUCACACAUGGACCUACUUCGAUUGGUACAUCUGUUGGUCAUACUACUGGACCAUUUGACAAUUAUAAGACAACUGCCUUUGAACCAGUUAAAAUUCCAGCUGGUAAAUCUACAAUUCAUCCACUAGCCGAUACUGGACAUAAAACCAUUGCAUCUUCGACAUCUCUUCCUAUGACCAUAAUUCAGGACAAACAUCAACCCAAAUUUGAUUUUGGAAUAAAAACUACUCAACAGGGCGAUUAUAUUACUAGCACACCACAAACAAAAGUGUUCAAGAUAAUAGGUUCAGAGAUUGCAUCUACUACUCCGUCAUCCAGUUCUCCAUAUUUCACCACUACCAAGAACAUGUUUGAAACUGUGACACCUUCUGGCAUUUCAGAAUCACUGAAACCAAAGUCUCAGUAUUUGCCUAGCGGCACAAUCUCGCCAGCCAUUGACACAACAUAUCAAUAUAAAAAACCAAUACCUGGUGUUACUUAUCAACAAUCAACACCAGCAACUUCUCAAGGAUAUACUGUAGGAUCGGUUACUGGUAGUGAUGGUUCUCCUACGAACGUAGGAAUUUCUAAAGAAGAAGUUGGAAAAUUGGUCACUAAUUAUAGAGGCAAUGCCAAAUAUGUGCCAAGCCAAUACGAUAUUUACACGCCAGGAUCUAUUUCUGGAACAGAUUACUCCAACAUUCAUCAACAAUCACCAACAUCUGGGCCGGGUUAUGUUGCACCAACAUCCGGGCCGGGUUAUGUUGCACCAACAUCCGGGCCGGGUUAUGUUGCACCAACAUCCGGGCCGGGUUAUGUUGCACCAACAUCCGGGCCGGGUUAUGUUGCACCAACAUCCGGGCCGGGUUAUGUUGCACCAACAUCCGGGCCGGGUUAUGUUGCACCAACAUCCGGACCGGGUUAUGUUGCACCAACAUCCGGACCGGGUUAUGUUGCAUCAACAUCUGGGCCGGGUUAUGUUGCACCAACAUCUGGGCCGGGUUAUGUUGCACCAACAUCUGGGCCGGGUUAUGUUGCAUCAACAUCUGGGCCUGGUUAUGUUGCACCAACAUCUGGGCCGGGUUAUGUUGCAUCAACAUCCGGGCCGGGUUAUGUUGCAUCAACAUCCGGGCCGGGUUAUGUUGCACCAACAUCCGGACCAGGUUAUGUUGCAUCAACAUCCGGGCCAGGUUAUGUUGCAUCAACAUCCUCAGCUAUUCAACCGACACAAUUGCCUUUCUCAGCUACUACUUAUUCUGGAGAUUAUUCAAAACCAUCCUCGAUCAUCACUUACCAAAGUACUGCCAAGUCGACAGCUGUAGGUAAAGGCAAAGUGAUAGUGAAAUGGAGUGAUCUGCAUCCUCUUUUGCUUGGAAAAUUAGGCGCAGAAUGCACCUGUAGAGGAGAUCCUUUCGCCAAUCUUAGAGGUCCAGGUUCCAAAUUGAUCGAUUCCUCCAAAGGCAGAGUGGAUCUAUCCAAUUACGACGAAUCAGAUAUUUACGUAGAUCUUGAAAAGGAAAAUGGCUCAUACGAGGAUAGAGAUUACGAAUCCUCUAAAGGACCAAUUAAGAUCUGGAACAAUCAAAUACAGAGUCAUUCCCAAGAGACGCCAUCAUCUGGUUAUCUGCCAAGUGUCACUCCUUCAAUAAACUUCGGUUCAAGUCCUAGUACUUCAAGAUUCACUGCCAAUUACAGAUCUGGAAAGAGUUUGAACAACGUUGGCUCCUCUACCAAUGUCAUUAGUGUUACCAGAGAUUUAGAUACACCUGCGAACAACUCUGACGGAGAUAGUGAAUCGGAGGAGAUCAUAGAUGGAGCCACCAAUUGUGCUAGACCAGGUUUGUUCCGACAUCCCAACUUCUGCAAUAAAUUUUACGCUUGUCAUUGGGACGAGUUCAACAAGAAGUUCACGCUCCACAUGUUCAACUGCCCUGUGCAUUUAACCUUUGACAAUGGCGCUGGAGCAUGUAAUUGGCCGAGCAUGGGUCCCGCCUGCCAGGACGAUAAUUUGUUAGUUUAGGUGGUUCACUGUUCGAACACUUCUCGAUCUUACGUAUCGCGAUAUCAUCUUCUUCUUUGAUAUAAUUGAAUAAUUGAAAAA